GACAGCUCUUUAAAGCCCUUCCCAUUCUGUCUCAGGCCCCAGCACUGCACGCCUUGUAGCAUCCUCAGCUAUGGACACCUACCAACAGCCAGAAGACAAAGACCUACAGGCCCUGAGGGACCUGGCCAACCGCCUGAGGAUCCACUCUAUCAGGGCUACAUGUGCCUCCAACUCAGGACAUCCCACUUCCUGCUGCAGUGCUGCCGAAGUCUUGUCUGUUCUUUUCUUCAACACCAUGAAAUAUGAAGCGGCUGACCCUGGCAACAUUAACAAUGACCGCUUUGUCCUGUCUAAGGGACAUGCUGCACCCAUUCUCUAUGCUGCUUGGGCUGAGGCAGGCUUUCUGAAAGAAUCCGACCUCCUGAACUUGCGGAAAAUAGACUGUGACCUGGAAGGACACCCAACACCUAAACUCCCAUUUGUUGAUGUAGCAACUGGCUCACUGGGACAAGGCUUGGGUGCUUCCUGUGGUAUGGCCUAUACUGGCAAAUACUUUGACAAGGCCAGUUACCGAGUCUACUGCCUGAUGGGUGAUGGUGAAUCCUCUGAGGGUGCUGUCUGGGAAGCUAUGGCAUUUGCAUCCCAUUACAAGCUGGACAACUUGGUGGCAAUCUUCGAUGUAAACCGACUGGGUCAAAGUGAGGCAGCUCCUCUUCAACACAAGACUGAGAUCUACCAAAAGAGAUGUGAAGCUUUUGGGUGGAACACAUGUGUUGUAGAUGGACACAAUGUGGCUGAGCUUUGCUAUGCACUAUGGCAGGCAGCCCAAGUCAAGGAUAAACCCACAGCCAUCAUUGCAAAGACUUACAAAGGGAAGGGCAUUACAGGAGUUGAAAAUGAAGACAACUGGCAUGGAAAGCCAAUGCCUAAAGACAGGGUUGAGUCCAUAAUUAAUGAGAUACAAAAUCAAAUCCAGACCAACAAAAAGCUGAGUCCUUCUGCUCCAACUAUGGAUGCUCCAGCUGUGGACAUUUCUGGCAUUAAGAUGCCUUCUCCUCCAAGCUACAAACUUGGUGAUAAGAUCGCAACUCGUAAGGCAUAUGGAUUGGCUCUUGCUAAACUAGGACAUGCCAACAAUCGUGUCAUUGCCCUUGAUGGUGAUACCAAAAACUCCACCUUCUCUGAGAUCUUCAAGCAAGCACACCCAGACCGCUAUAUUGAGUGUUUUAUUGCUGAGCAGAAUAUGGUCAGCGUUGCGAUGGGCUGUGCCACCAGGAAUCGCACUGUUGCUUUUGCAAGCACAUUCGCUGCCUUCUUCAGUAGGGCCUAUGAUCACAUUCGUAUGGGAGCCAUUUCUCAAUCAAAUGUCAAUCUCUGUGGUUCUCACUGCGGUGUAUCUAUUGGUGAGGAUGGUCCUUCUCAGAUGGCUUUAGAAGACAUUGCAAUGUUCCGUGCUAUUCCAACAUGCACAGUCUUCUAUCCCAGUGAUGGCGUCUCCACUGAACAUGCAGUGUUUCUUGCUGCGAAUACUCAAGGAAUCUGUUUCAUCCGGACCAGUCGGCCUGACACAGCUGUCAUUUAUUCUCCUGAAGAGAAAUUUGAGAUUGGGCAAGCAAAGGUGGUGCGGCAAAGCGAUUCUGACCGGGUAACUGUAAUUGGUGCAGGAGUUACUCUACAUGAAGCUCUCGCGGCUGCCGAUGAACUUUCCAAACAAGGCAUAAAUAUCCGCGUGAUCGACCCGUUCACAAUCAAGCCAUUGGAUGCAGCAACCAUUAUAUCAAGUGGAAGAGCUACAGGCGGCCAUAUAAUUACUGUUGAGGACCACUACAGAGAAGGGGGAAUUGGAGAAGCGGUGUCUGCCGCUGUAGCAGGACAGCCGGGGUUCAUCGUUCAGAGCCUCGCGGUUAAUGGGGUACCUCGAAGCGGGAAGCCUACUGAGCUUUUGGACCUGUUUGGCAUCAGUGCUAAACAUAUAGUUGCCGCUGUUAAAUCUACCUUUGCAAAUUAAACUCAUCUCCAUUGCAGGUUGCUAACUCUGUAACAGUUCCUGUAGCGUUUAAUUCAUUUAAUGGUUACUAUGCUACCUCAGUGUUCUCAAGCUUCUUGUUACCAGUUAACUCUGUUUGCUGUAGCACAUCAUGGGUGUGAAUGUUCUAACUGUCUAGUUUAUCUCUGUACUUACUACAAUAAAGAACAUCAACCGUAA